CAGAGAGAAUCCUCUCCCGUUAUCGGAGCACUUUUCUCAAGAUCCACCUCUCUGGGCACGUAUAAUCUAUUAAUCUCUGCGCCACAAAGAGAAAGAAAGAAAGAAAGAUAAAAAAUAGAAAUCCCUGGUGUCAGGAGAGAAGGAAAGAACAGAAAUCCCUCUCCAUUAGAGAAUGAUGGAUCUGGUUUACGAGACAGUCCGAGUCCGGACAAGAUAUGAUUGGAGUUAUCCACAUUGAGGCUUGAGCGUGAUGAUGUACCUAGCCGUAUGGACACAUGGACAUCGUCGUCGGUCUGCACUAAGGCACGCCCUCUACUCAUGCUAUUGAACCUCGGGCUGCCACGCAUCUCUGCGUUUCAUUUCCAAAUAAAGGAUAAGUAAAGCUGAAUGCCAAAACACCAGAAGGAGAAGGGGAAAAAAAAAGUAUAAGCGAAGCUGCUUUUCAUUUCCUGAACGGCGAAUCCCCCACUUUGUGAAUUUUGUGACCCUCCCUCCUACACGGAAGCCUCUAUCGCCAGGAGAAAAAAAGCCAUGCUUUUUGCUUAUUUCCAGUUUCUAACCUCAACCCGUUUCUAGCUCAGUGUUUUACCUGCCACACAUGGUUUGUGUGACGGGCAUGUCCUAACUCGUUUGAUACUCUGCCCCAGCGAGGGAAACUUGCUUUUCACCUGCGCUUGCAGUCAAAGGCUCUCCCUUUUUCCCAUGGAUUUCAUAAUUCACUGCUCGGAGAGACAUGCGUUUAAAGGGCGUCUCUGGUCUUCAGAGUUGAAAAGUCCCACCUUCAUAUUUUCUUCACAGUUCGACAGUAAGUCCUCAUUCAGUAUAUUGUGAAGUUCCUGAAGUGACCUUAAAAGCUAUUGGGCAGAAUUUCCUGGGAGCUUCCUUUGAAAGCGAGACAGCGGUUGUUUCACGACGCAAAUGUGGAGAAUAUCAUCAGCGCUAUAAUCUCUUAUUCAAGCGUUUAAUAUUCAUCAUGUGGUCAUUGCAUUGGCAGGAAUUCUUUGUUUUCGUUUCACUUGCUGACAGGGAUCAAUAACUCGGCGUGUUAUCAGCUACUUCUAAUAAAAGCAAAGCAGCGAACACCACCUCUUGGAGAUGGCUGAGAAGGAUAGUUUAUAUUCUCCGGGAGAUGGGAGGAGAAUACUAAUUUUCAAUUUCUUCAAGGAUGGCAGACUAGUUUUCAAAUCUGACAAUCUUGGUCGGGAAAUACUGUCUAUAGCAUUGCCUGCAGCACUGGCUUUGACAGCCGACCCUAUUGCCUCACUGGUUGACACUGCAUUCAUUGGCCAAAUAGGUCCUGUAGAGCUUGCUGCUGUAGGUGUUUCUAUAGCACUAUUCAAUCAAGUAUCAAGGAUUGCGAUAUUCCCUCUUGUCAGUGUCACGACUUCUUUUGUGGCUGAGGAAGAUACUCUUGGUGGAGUGAGUUCUCAAGCAGAGGAGACUGAUAACUGGGAAGAAGGUGCACCUAUGGAUGGUGAAGCCAAAGAGUUUAUACCACAAAAAGAUACAUGUGCUGAUGUUCAUGACUCAGAUUUGGUUGGUGGCAGCUUUAAUAUAGUUAACACGGAGCGUAAGAGAAGGAAUAUUCCUUCAGCUUCAUCAGCUCUUGUUAUUGGUGGAGUUCUUGGCAUCAUCCAGGCAAUAUUCCUCAUAUCUGCUGCAAAACCUUUGUUGAACUUCAUGGGAGUAAAAUCUGACUCCCCUAUGCUAAGCCCAGCUCAGCAGUAUCUGACAUUGAGGUCCCUUGGUGCUCCUGCCGUGCUUCUUUCAUUAGCUAUGCAGGGAGUCUUCCGAGGAUUUAAAGACACUAGAACUCCUUUAUAUGCUACAGUGGCUGGAGAUGUUACCAACAUAGCACUAGAUCCUCUAUUCAUGUUUGUAUUCCGCCUGGGUGUCAGUGGUGCAGCCAUUGCCCAUGUUAUAUCUCAGUACCUGAUUUCAGUCAUACUCCUGUGGAGAUUGAUUGGACAAGUUGAUCUUAUCCCCCCUUCCAUGAAGCAUCUACAAUUUGAUCGAUUUCUUAAAAAUGGUUUUCUAUUAUUAAUGAGAGUCAUUGCCGUAACAUUCUGUGUGACACUUUCUGCAUCACUAGCUGCACGGCAAGGAUCAACAUCUAUGGCUGCAUUUCAAGUCUGCUUGCAAAUUUGGUUGGCAACAUCUCUUCUUGCUGAUGGUCUGGCCGUUGCUGGGCAGGCAAUCCUUGCUGGUGCAUUUGCUAAUAAGGAUCAUGACAGGGCUAUAGCAACCGCAUCCCGAGUGCUGCAGAUGGGCGUGGUUCUGGGAUUGGGGCUUGCGAUUUUCCUCGGAACCGGGCUGCAUUUCGGAGCUAAACUAUUUACAAAAGAUAUUAAUGUCCUCCACCUUAUCAGUAUUGGAACUCCGUUUGUUGCAGCCACUCAACCCAUCAAUUCCCUGGCAUUUGUAUUUGAUGGCGUUAACUUUGGGGCAUCUGAUUUUGCAUAUUCAGCCUUCUCAAUGGUUGUGGUGGCAAUUGUCAGCAUCAUUUGUCUACUUGUUUUGUCCUCUGCUGGUGGCUUCAUUGGUAUCUGGGUUGCUCUGACCCUUUAUAUGAGUCUCCGAGCAUGUGCUGGCUUCUUGAGGAUUGGAACAGGAUCAGGGCCUUGGGGCUUCCUCCGGAGCUGAUGGUUCCAUCAUCAUAGUUUGAUACAUGAUCCCACUUGGGCAAGAAAAGUUUUCUGGGGUUUUAUAAUUUUAUUAGGCAUAUUCUUCUGAAGGAACCGUGCUAUCUACAUUGGAAUAAUCUGCUCGCCCUCGAGAAUAUGUACAGAAAUAUAUGAAAUAUAUAUGAUCAAGCUCUCGUGUGACUGCUGAGGAUUCGUGAGGUUCAUGGUCGUUGAUGUCAUCGGCGCUCUAUCCCCCUUGGUUUCUAUUCACAGCAGGUCAAAAGUAUGUCUGAUGGGUCUCGGUCCGUCAAGGUCUGUAAUGAUUGGCCCAAUUAUGUUAAAAAUCGUUUUUUUUUUCCAACAAUUAUUUUAUUAAAUAUUGAAUAUUGAUCAGAGAGACAAAUAAUUGUUUA